AAGAGUUAGGAUGUCGCCGCACUGCAGUGGUAGUGGAUGUGAACACCACCAUUGACUUCAUAUGGCAGUCAGAAACACAUCUGUGAUGAUCGACCGAGCAGCCCACGCUAAAGGGUCGUGUGGUUCUGGUACUUAGAGAGGCUCCAAAGAUGGUCAUCAAUCUUCAGCAAGGAAUGGACAAAUAUCAAAUCAGCUACAUAAUUGUUCGCACCAUUUGUACUAUUUGAAAAAAAAAUUUGUUCUUUAAUUCCAUUUUCGGAUUUCUUCUACAGAAGGUUCCUGGAGGCGUUUUUUGUGUUCAAGUUCAAGGAAGAGUGUUUGGUAAGAUCCCUGGAUGACAACACGAGGACAAGCACCGGAGAGUUCCUGGUGUAUGGUCAACGAGUGGGUCAGGAGCAUGGUGCUGGUGGUGCGGAGCCCAGUGUGUGACAGCCAUUGACAGCAGGAAAAAACAAACCAAUAAACAAAGGUCGCUACACCGGGGAACUGAGCAGGCAGUGUGGAGCUGGCGGUGUAAUGUCCACUACUCACCUGGCAGCUGGCAGCACGGAGGCCAGAACAGAAUUUCUGUUUGCGACAUUCAACGGGCAGAAAAUCACUACAGCAAAGCUGAUAGUCAACCUUCUACAGGCAGUUGUCGGAGUUCUCAUCGUCUUGCUCAACGGACUGGUGCUGGACACCAUGGUCAGACAGGGCAAGUCACGUGAGGCGGCCGACCUCCUGGUGGCGGGACUGGCUCUGUCGGAUGCUCUGGUCGGUGUUAUUGUGCUUUGGGUGUCUGUCUACAACAUCGUCUACUUCCAGGUGGUGGAAGAGUGUCUGCUGAGGUUAGGUUUGGCUCAUUCCACUAUGGCAAUCAGUGCUUUUCUUCUGCUGUGUCUGUCGGCGGACAGAUUCAUGAAAAUCAUCUUACCUUAUCAGUACAUUGAUGUCUGCAAGAAAUGGACCGUAUGGGUUGUCAUGGUAGUUGUUUGGUUGCUAGGCAUCGGUAUUGGCUCACUGCCAUUACUUGGAUGGAAUUCGGCAGAAACAACUAAUUCCUCAGGGGAUCCUAUAUGUGGUUACUUCAAAAUCAUGAAUCCAGACUACUUAAGGAUGUACAGCGUCGUCAUCUGCACGCCCAUCUGCGCCAUCAUCAUACUGUACUUGAAGCUGUUCCACGUGGCCAGGAAGCACGCUGUAGCCAUAGCAACCACUCAAGGUUCGGUCACGUCAAAGGUCACGGCUGAUCAUCGUCACGUGUGGCGCUACACGAAGACUGUCUUCAUCAUCGUCGGCGUCUACUUCAUCUGCUGGCUUCCUUUGGGUGUGGUGGUGAUGUGCUCGGUAACCGGGGUGCUAGACCACAUGAGCAUCUCCAAGAGAGGCGACUUAAUGCUCUACACCGGAAUCUUCGUCUUCUGCAACAGCCUCCUCAACCCCAUCAUCUACGCCAAGAAGAUCCCUGCCAUCCGCAGACGGUUUACAGCCAUGUUCUGCUGCUGUCGGAAAAAGGACGAAAGUUCUGAGCACACUUUCAGCAUCACCAACACGGAUAAAUAAUGUAAAUGAAUCUUGUCUAUGAUUAAUCGAAUCCAAGGUUAAAGCAUUCGAAGAUUAUUCCAGGAUUUAACUACGAAGGAUAUAUCGACUUCAAGAUGGAGAUGGUCUGCUUCAAGGCAAAGAAGUUAAUUUUGUCUCAUCUCGCCUUUUCAAGGCAGUGGCAAACCAAGUUCCGAAUGCGAACUGAAGGAGGAGUGUUUGGCAGUUUCUCGACGUCACCACGUGACCAGCUACCCCGGUAUGACCAGAGCAGGGUGCUUCACACGGACUCACUUUCUCUUUCAGGGGUACAGUGAAAUAACCGAGAACUUGCCUGUUAGGAACUAGUCACGUGGUUACAUGUUGUGGUUUUUUUUUCCUCUCAUCCUUAUCAUCGUCUGCUGCUCGUUAACAGACAUGGGAACUGUAAAAUUCACGAGGAUACUAACCACUGGCUGAUAUCUUCAGAAAGAUCACAGGCGUGUUCAUAACGAAGUUGUUUCACACUUUUGCGGAGUACGAAGACUCGAUAUGAAGGAAACAUGUCAAUCAUUAAAAUAUUAGACAUUUUGAUAAUAUUUGUUUAUUUGAAAUGAAGGACAUGGCUGUUGUUCAAUGUCUGUUGCAUUUUGUAUCGUGUUAAUAAAAAGAAAUCCCUUUUCAGAUAAGUAACCUACGGAUGAGAAGAUACGAGGGCAGAUAAAAUGGCUUUGCUAUGUUCGUCGCUGAAAUGUGCCUGAGAUGAGGAAUAACUAUUUUAUAUCAGGAAAUAACACGUCUGAGUGUUCAAUCUUGUGCACAAAGCCUGGAAUAUACAGACACAAUCGUGACAAGUGGCGGAGCUCGUCUGGUGACAACCACUGACUCAAUCACUAUUAGUGACUGGCUUUCUCAAUUACUGGUAAUGUCUCACAGACUCAUUUUUAGUGACUGGCUGUCUCAAUUACUGGUAAUGUCUCACGGACUUGAUCAUUAUCAGUGACUGGCUGCCUCAAUCACAAACCUACCCAAGAAGACAAAAUAAUUUUUUUGUAACCUUCCAGAGGCGAUGAGAGAGGAAGAAACGUGAAAUAAGACACAGAGUGGACGAGAUAAACAUCGAUACUGUUGAGAGAGAAGUACUUUUAUGUUGUAAAAUUAUUGUCAUUUGCACUCUUGGCGGUUUUCUUUUAACGAGAUGGUCUAUUUGUAGAAGAAAAUUUAUGUGGCAAUGUUGUUUGUAUUGUCAAAUAAAAGUGUGUUCCCGA